ACAUGACACUCUACUCUCUCUCUCUCUCAGUGUAAUGCUACAAAUUCUCAGAUAAAACUCUGUUGUUCUUCCAACAAUAACAAUCAUGGCCGAACACCAAAACAAGAUGUGUCUUUUCACCGCUACCAACAACGGUUUUUUUUCUCGACCUUGCAAAAUGCGGUGUUAUGAAUUUCCAAGAGAAGCAAAGACUGGUCCGUGAAGUUGCUCGUCAGUCCAAAGAUGCCCCGGAUAUUCUUCAAUCAUUUACUCGCCGGGAACUCCUAGAAUUAAUCUGUGCUGAAUUAGGCAAAAAAAGGAAGUACACUGGAUAUACUAAGGGUCAGAUGAUAGAAUAUCUUCUGAAGUUAAUUUCUAAGAAAUCCAACUUGUACGUCGACCAAAAUGCUCUUGCUCAUUCUCCUGCCAAAAUUUGCGUAGGAUCUAAAAGGAAAAAAGGACCCCCUUCUCUUGAUUUACGUAAUGUUCAAAUAGAGAACACGAAUGAGGAAACAACAAAAACCUUAGUUUGUCGGAAUGUGGCAUGCAAAGCUACACUGAAACCAGAAGAUUCAUUUUGCAAGAGAUGUUCUUGUUGUAUAUGCCGUUGUUACGACGAUAGCAAGGAUCCUAGUCUGUGGUUGACCUGCACCUCUAAUAAACCGAAUGAAGAGUCAUGUGGAAUGUGGUGUCAUUUGCAAUGUGCUUUGAGUAAUCAAAUGUCUUGCAUUUUGAAGGGAAGUCGCGGUGUAACCUUGGAUGGAAGCUUCUGUUGUGUUUCUUGUGGAAAAAUUAAUGAAUUAAUGAGGACAUGGAGAAAGCAAUUAUUGGUUGCCAGAGAAGCAAGAAGAGUGGAUAUACUCUCUGUGCGAAUUUCCUUAGCCCACAUAAUUCUCACAGGAACGAAAGUAUACACGGAAGUGCAUAAGAUCGUAGAAACCGUUCUCGAAUUAUUGGAGAAUGAAGCGGGACCUCUGGAUCACGUAUAUGCUAGGAUGACGCGUGGAAUUGUGAGCAGGCUCUCAUGCGGUGCUGAGGUUCAGAAGUUGUGCUCUACUGCAGUUGAAUGUUUUGAUUUAAAGUUUUCUAAACUCUUUUCUAGUUGUGAAGAAAAGAAAGAAGCACCAACAUGUUCUUUACAUUUCGAAGAGUGUCUUCCCACCUCAGUGGUCAUUGUGCUUGAAUACAAAGACAAACUCUUAAAGAACUUUCUAGGCUGCAGGCUUUGGCACAGAAUAUCAUCAACGGACUACCCCGAACAACCGACUUUCAUUGUUUUGAGGCCCGAGAAAAGAUUCAAAUUAGAAAACCUCACACCUUCAACUGAGUACUCUUGCAAGGCUUCUAUAUUCAGUAGCACAGGGAUUUUGGGUGCAGCAGAAGCUAAAUGGAUGACACCUUGUGAACUGCCAUCAAAAUUUGUUUGA